AGCUUUGAAUCCCAAAAGUUGAAGAGUCAUUAUUUGACUCAAUUUCUGUAAAAUCAUUCAAUUGAAAUAAUUUCAAAUUCUCAAAACAUUCACCACAGUUCCAUUAUCUGGAAGAAUAAACUCUAAACCUCACAAUUACCAGCACAUUCAUCCGUUUCACCAACUCAAUCAACAAUGCCAUCCCGUUCAGAAAUCACUUAUUUCGGCGCCGGUCCCGCCCUCCUCCCCACCGAUGUCCUUGAAACCGCAGCCGCAGCCCUCGUAGAUUACAAUGGUACCGGUCUUGGUUUAGCAGAGCAUUCGCAUCGAUCUGAACUCGCCGCCAAUGUAUUGAAUACCGCGAAAGCAGAUUUGGCAAAAUACUUGGAGGUCCCAGACGAUUAUGAAAUCCUCUUCAUGCAAGGAGGUGGCAGUGGAGAGUUUUCCGCAACGAUAUACAAUUUAGUUGGAGUCUGGGUUGAGAAGAGAAAACAAAAGAUUCUCAAGGGCUUGGGCAUUGCGUCGGAUAAGGAUAUUCCAGAAGAUGCGCUGGUAAAGGAACUUCAGAAGGCCGUGGAUGAGGAGCUUAAAAUUGAUUAUUUGGUUACGGGAUCAUGGUCUCUCAAAGCUAGUCAGGAGGCAGCGAGAUUGAUAGGCGCGGAACAUGUCAAUAUUGUUGCGGAUGGACGAAAGAUCAAUGAUGGGAAAUUUGGAAAGAUCCCCGAGGAAAAAGAUUGGAAACUCUCGAAGAACCCAGCAAUGGUAUACUAUUGCGACAACGAAACGGUCGAUGGAGUCGAGUUCCCUGGCUUCCCAAAAUCUCUGGAGCCAAAUGGAGAAGAAGAUGAACCCAUCGUAGUAGCUGACAUGUCUUCCAAUAUCCUCUCGCGACGAGUUCCCGUCAAGAAUUUCUCUGUCGUCUUUUUCGGUGCACAGAAGAACUUGGGAUGUACAGGAGUCACCGUGGUGAUCAUCAAGAAGAAUCUCCUCCCCCCUGUCGUCGCAACACCUGCUCCAACUCUCCUACGCAAACUUGGACUACCAAUUGGUCCCAUUGUUCUCUCUUACGAAACAAUCGCCAAGAACAACAGUCUCUACAACACCUUAAGCAUAUUCGAUGUCUACAUCGCCGGACUCGUCCUCCAAAAACUCCUCACCACCUACCCCGACGGCAUCGCCGGUCAAGAAGCCCUCUCCAACAAAAAAUCCGCCCUCAUCUACUCCGCCCUCGACGCCCACCCCUCCAUCUACAAGGUCGUCCCCGACGUCUCCGUCCGCUCAAGAAUGAACAUCUGUUUCCGCGUCACCGCAUCGGAAAAUAUCUCCGAAGCCGAAAAGUCAUUCUUAGCAGGUGCCACAGAAAGAGGUUUGACGGGUUUGAAAGGUCACAGAAGUGUAGGUGGUAUUAGAGCCAGUAAUUAUAAUACUAUUACUUUGGAGGGAGCGGAGAAGUUGGCAGCAUGGAUUCAUGAAUUUGCGGAGAGGAAGUGAGAAUAUUUCACAGCUGGGUUGGUGCGAGGUUGUUAGUUGUGGAAACCUGAAAUGUUUGAUAUGAACUGUAUUAUAUUUACAAAAGUUUUUCCAUUGAUAAUGAAAUAUCGAGUUUAAAAGUAG